AUGCACGUCGCUUCCGCCGCCGCGCUCGGCUUCGUCUACGGCGCCGGCCGCGGCUACCUCCGCGGCUACUGGCAGGCGGACGUGACGCCAUCUGUCUGCCGCGAGCUCUCCUCCGCCGUGGGACGGCGGACGGCGGCCGAGGCCUUGAAGGCGUUGGGCCGAGAGGAGGCGGCUGGUGCCCUCGAGCAGCUCGCCGCUUCGGACGGGGUGUACGUCUUCUUGCUCGCUGCCCUCAACUUCGCCUUCCCGUACAUCCUGCUGCCGGUCGCAAUCAACCCGACCCAGCUGCUGGCGCCGCCGGGCCGCACCCGCCGAGGCUCCCUCGGCUUUGCGCUGCCGCCGGGCACCUCCGCACCGACCGCAAGGCUCUCUGGCGGAACGAGUGGGCCCGUCCGAGCCCCCCCGUCAUGGCGCGCAUUCGCCAAAAUACCGUGGGCUGCGGCCAGCGACCAGGAGGAUGCAAGCCGCCGCGAGAGCUGA